CUCGCGCGCGCGGGCUAGCGGGCGCGCGGGCUAGCGGGCGCGCGCUCCCGGAGUGCAGCGCGCGUCAUGGAACAGCGGUUAGCUGAGUUCCGAGAAGCUCGCAAACGGGCCCGGCUGGCUGCCCAACCCAGCACUUCGAGCCAGGAGGCACAAACCUCAGGAGAGAAGGAGGAAGUAGCUGCGACUCCAAAGGCAGUCCCAAGCUGGCUAAGACAGUUCCUGGUCCUGGUAUGGAAACCGAGGCCCGCCAGCGCCCGGGCCCCGCCCAUCCACGCUCAGGAAGCAGCUCAACCUGGGAGCAGCGUGGCCCAGCCCCCACAGGGCACAGCCAUUCCUCCACAAUGGCACCGGAACCAGCCUUUCCUGACCAAUGUCACCUUCUUGAAGAUUCUUCUCUGGUUGGUCCUCCUGGGACUGUUUGUGGAGCUGGAAUUUGGCCUGGCUUAUUUUGUCCUGUCCUUGUUCUACUGGAUGUAUGUAGGGACCCGAGCCUCUGAGGAAAGGAAGAAGGGAGAGAAGAGUGCCUACUCUGUGUUCAACCCAGGCUGCGAAGCCAUCCAGGGAACCCUGACAGCAGAGCAGUUGGAACUCGAGUUGCAGUUUAGACCCCUGGCGGGCAGAUAGGACCCAGCUCCACUGUCCCGCAGCCAGCCCGGGACCAACCCUCCCAUCCUUGGAGUGCGGACUUGGGUUCAGAUGCACAGGACUAAGGACAGCUUACGGGUUGGCUCUGGCUGCGUGUUCCCCUGAUCUGCUGCUGCAGUUUUAUCUUUGAACUUCUCUUCGGUGAAAUUCUCUAAAAGACAUGCCCAUUAGGGCUGGUGCAGUUUAUAAAGGUUGCUCAAAAAAAGGAGACCUGUUUGUUUCAUCAUUUGAGAGAUGACUUGGAACACUAGGAAGGCAUUGGGAGAUUGUCUUUUUGAAGUAUUGAGCUAUUUGAAAUAAUGAUUAGGUACAGCAGGACUGUAUGUUAAAUGUUCUCUUUAAGACAAUAUAGCUUUUUUUUUUUUUCGAAUUUUGGGGUUGUUUUUGUUUCUGUUUUACCUUCUGCUUUAAUUCUUGUUUUUUUUGGUCAUUAAUGAUAUUGAAAUGUAAAGUGUCUUUAAAAAAUUUUCUUUUUAGAAACAGGUCCCAAUCAUUGCCCCUCACCAUCUUCAAUUCUUCUACUGUCCUGUCCCCAUUAGUAAAAGAAGAAGAGACAAAGUUCUAAAUGACAGGCAUGGAGAGGGAUUUCACAAAGUCAGUAUCAAGGAAUUGAUAAUUGGUUAUUAAUUCAGCACGAAAAACUCUUGAGUGUGAACAAAGGGCAGGGCUGAUGUUGGAUUCCAGACUUAAUAAUGGCUGUUGGGUUGUAUCAUAUUUUCUGAGGACUUUAAGUCCUUCGCUUGUAGGCACUGAUGAGAAAUUGCAUGGGUAGUGUCAAAGGCCUGAGUUCAGUGUUCCUUCCUCUUCUAGUUCAAGUUUGGGUUCAUUGAAAUUGGGCAGCACAAGCCAUCAAAUACUUUCAUACUGAUGAGUCAAAGGACUCUAGUUUUAAACAAAAGUUGUGUCCAAACUUAAGACAUUACUGAGUCAUUUAAAUUUUGUAAGUUUUCAUUUUAGAGUUCAUUGUUAAUUUUUAUGUUAUGAAACUCAUCACUUUAACAAUUCAUGAAACAUUGUUAAUAGAGGCCUGUUAAUUCUUUUUGUUCUUUCUUGCCUGAUUUACUUAUUAAAGCAGAUUCUUAGGUCAGUUUAGAUUUAUCUUUCAUUUAUUCAAUGCCAACUUCCCACUAGUCACUUGGGAUUCAGUGAUGAAAAAGCAGACAUGUUGCCAAUUGUCUGAGCACCAGUCCAGCCGGGAGGGGUCAGGGGACAAAAUAAAGCAAUUGGUAACACUGAAA